AGGAGGUCUAGCUUCUUUCCGGAGAGGACACAUCAGAGUUCGUCCCAAGGUUAGCUGUCGGCACCUGACUCAAACUCACAAAGAUGGCUGAGACUAUUGAGGAGAAGAUCAAGAACUACAGGACCGCUCCCUUUGACGCCCGGUUCCCCAACACCAACCAGACCCGCAACUGUUUCCAGAACUACCUGGACUUCCACAGGUGCAACAAGGCUCUGUCAGCCAAGGACCAGGAUGUGGCUCCAUGUGAUUGGUACCAGAGGGUUUACAAGAGCCUUUGUCCCAUGAGCUGGGUUGCCAAAUGGGACGAGCAGAUAGAGGGCGGGACUUUCCCAGGAAAGAUCUGAAAUUGCCAUCCAGGACACUCAUGUGCAGGACAUUCUGUUACUUGCACCUUUUACCUCUGCGGUGUGCCUAAGGACAACUCCAAACAGCGAUUAAUGUUAUUAUUAUUAUCAUCAUCACUGUUACCGUCUUUAAUUUACUUACUCAAAGCACGCACAACUUUUAACCCUCCAUGUUGAGGUCUAAAGUUUGUUUCUUGUUUAUUUUGAACUACUCUAUGGGAUUGUUAAUUCAAUAAAUACAGUGCGGAUGUAAUUAA